AGUGACCGUUUUCUCUUGUUUCUCUCUGAUAUUUACUUAUCUAUGCUGAAUUAUUUCAGUUUUCAAUAUGUAAACACGUGUUUUUCCAGACACUAAAAUUCCCAUUUUUUUUUUAAAGAGAAAAAUUUAUUCUGUGUUUGAUAGUGUGCUAAAAAAAUGGGUAAAGCCAAGAAAGUCAAAUUUUCUAAAGGCGGAACCAAGGAGUCGAAAAUAAGUUUGGCGGAACAAAUAGAAUUUGAUAAAGCUGUGAAGCCUACAGUUAGGCAAAAGAUUAGACGUCGGGCUGAUGAUGCAGAAGAAUAUGUGGCUCCUACUCUGACAAAAAAGAUCUUAUCGCAAGCCAGACAACAGCAGUUGGAGAUCGAAGAGGAAAUUGGUCUGAGUAAUCCUAAGAGUACUGAGAAGUCGAUUGUGAAACUCGACACCGAUUUCAGUGACUCCGAGGAUCAAUCCAGCGAUAAUGAAGAAUCUGUGAAAGAUGUAUAUUAUUAUGAGCUCUUAAAAACCAAUGAGGAUGAUGAACGUGCUAUACAGAUUUUCAUGUCCAAAGAUCCGAAGCCCACAAGAACGCUGGCCGAUAUAAUAAUGGAGAAAUUUACGGAGAGGAAGACCGAAAUCGAAUCGCAAUAUUCUGAUGCUGGGAUUAUUCAGCUGCAAGACUUGGACCCACGAGUAAAAGCAAUGUAUGAGGGCGUCAGAGACGUCCUAGCAAAAUAUCGUAGCGGCAAACUACCAAAGGCUUUUAAAAUCGUGCCAAGCCUGAAGAACUGGGAGCAGAUACUCUAUAUCACGGAACCAUUAAAAUGGUCUGCUGCUGCCAUGUAUCAAGCGACAAGAAUAUUUGCUUCAAACUUGAAGGACAAGAUGGCCCAGAGAUUCUAUAAUCUGGUUCUGUUACCACGUGUCAGAGAUGAUUUAGCAGAAUACAAAAGACUAAAUUUCCACUUAUACCAGGCGUUAAGAAAAGCGUUAUUCAAACCGGCCGGUUUCAUGAAGGGAAUCCUGCUGCCGCUCUUAGAAUCUGGCACGUGCACCUUAAGAGAGAGCCUCAUCAUCGGAUCUGUGAUAGCAAAAAAUUCUAUACCAAUUUUACACUCCUCGGCGGCUAUACUGAAAAUCGCAGAGAUGGAUUACACAGGUGCAAAUAGCAUUUUCCUCAGGAUAUUCUUGGAUAAAAAAUACGCGCUUCCAUACAGAGUAGUGGAUGGAGUUGUAUUUCAUUUUCUCAGGUUUGAAAGAGACACCAGGGAGUUACCAGUGUUAUGGCAUCAAGCUCUCUUAACUUUUGUGCAACGAUAUAAAAGCGAUAUCAGUACAGAGCAAAAAGAAGCUCUAUUAGGGCUACUGAGGAAACAGUCGCAUCAUUCAAUCACUCCCGAAAUCAGAAGAGAAUUGCAACACGCGAAAUGCAGAGAUGUAGAAGUAACAGAACCCAAACCAGAACCAAUGAAUAUUAACGAUAUUACUAUUGUAUAAAUAUUAUUAAAAAUUUUAUAUUAAAAUAUAGAUUGGGAUCUCUCUUCAAAUUGAAAUGUAUUAUCAUGAAGAACUGUAUAAUACACAUAAAGCGAUAUUCAAAUAGUACAAUUUCCAGUGUAAAAAUAUAUUUUUAUUUAAUCUGAUAUAUCGAUUCCUUAAUAAA